AUGACUCUGACCGUUACCCUCAACACCCCCAUCACUGGUGACUACCAGCAGCCUAUCGGCCUGUUCAUCAACAACGAAUGGGUCGAGGGUGUGGACAAGAAGAAGUUCGAGGUUCUCAACCCCUCCACUGAGGAGCCUAUCGUCUCCGUCCACGAGGCUACCGAGAAGGAUGUCGACCUGGCUGUCGCCGCCGCCCGCAAGGCUUUCAACACCACAUGGCGCCAGACCAGCACAAACGAGCGCAGCAAGCUGAUGCUCAAGCUCGCCGAUAUUGCUGAGAAGAACAUCGACCUCCUCGCCGCCGUCGAGUCUCUUGACAACGGAAAGUCCAUCACCAUGGCCCGUGGCGAUGUUGGUGCCGUUGUUUCUUGCAUCCGCUACUACGGUGGGUGGGCCGACAAGAUUCACGGCAAGACCAUUGACAUCGCCCCCGACAUGUUCCACUACACCCGCCCCGAGCCUAUCGGUGUUUGCGGUCAGAUUAUCCCCUGGAACUUCCCCCUUCUCAUGCUGGCAUGGAAGAUCGGCCCCGCUCUGGCCACUGGUAACACAAUCGUCCUGAAGACUGCUGAGCAGACCCCUCUCUCUGCUCUCGUCUUCGCCCAGUUCAUUAAGGAGGCUGGCUUCCCUCCCGGUGUUUUCAACCUGCUGAACGGUUUCGGCAAGGUUGCUGGUGCUGCCAUCUCUUCGCACAUGGACAUUGACAAGGUCGCUUUCACCGGCUCUACUCUCAUUGGUCGCCAGAUCAUGAAGGCUGCUGCCUCCUCCAACUUGAAGAAGGUCACCCUCGAGCUUGGUGGCAAGUCCCCCAACAUCGUUUUCAACGAUGCCGAUAUCGAGCAGGCCAUCUCUUGGGUCAACUUCGGUAUCUACUACAACCACGGCCAGUGCUGCUGCGCUGGUACCCGCAUCUUCGUCCAGGAGGGUGUCUAUGACAAGUUCCUCGACGCCUUCAAGAAGCGUGCUCUCGCCAACAAGGUCGGUGACCCAUUCCUCGAGGAGACCUUCCAGGGUCCCCAGGUUUCCCAGCUCCAGUUCGACCGCAUCAUGGGCUACAUCCAGAGCGGCAAGGAGGAGGGUGCCACUGUUGAGAUCGGUGGUGAGCGCCACGGUGACAAGGGUUACUUCAUCAAGCCUACCAUCUUCAGCAAUGUCCGUCCCGACAUGAAGAUUAUGCAGGAGGAGAUCUUCGGUCCCGUCUGCGCCAUCGCCAAGUUCAAGACCGAGGACGAGGUCAUCGAGCUCGGCAACAACACCGAGUACGGUCUCGCCGCCGCCGUCCACACCGCUGACCUCAACACUGCUCUCCGUGUCAGCAACGCCAUCCGCGCUGGUACCGUCUGGGUCAACUGCUACAACAUGCUUCACCACGCCCUGCCCUUCGGUGGCUUCAAGUCCUCCGGUAUUGGCCGUGAACUCGGUGAGGCUGCUCUCGCCAACUACACUGAGAACAAGUCCGUGGCUAUCCGCAUGGGUGGUGCUCUCUUCUAA